AUUAUAUUUUUUUUCUUUUCUAAAGCUUCGUCGUUGUUGGAGUGGAGCUCAAGUUUGGUUUUCCAGUUUUUCUUCAAAUCGAAUCGAAUCGAAGGAGGAAGAAAUGGACGUAAUAAAAUCGCAGCAAAUAUCUUCGCGGCCGAUCGAGAAGGUGAUAGUCCACCCGCUUGUUCUCCUCAGCGUCGUCGACCACUACAAUCGCGUCGCACGCGACACUAAGAAGCGCGUCGUCGGCGUCUUGCUCGGAAACUCAUCCAGAGGCACCGUCGAUGUUACCAACAGCUACGCAGUGCCUUUUGAAGAAGAUGACAAGGAUCCAAGCAUCUGGUUCCUUGACCAUGACUACCAUGGCGCAAUGUUUUCCAUGUUCCGUAGAAUAAAUGCCAAGGAGCAUGUUGUUGGAUGGUACAGCACUGGUCCAAAACUACGCCAAAAUGAUCUGAACAUCCAUGCACUCUUCAAUGACUAUGUUCCUACUCCAGUCUUGGUUAUUAUUGAUGUUCAGCCUAAGGAGCUUGGCAUACCAACUAAAGCGUACUAUGCUGUUGAGGAAGUAAAAGAGAAUGCAACACAAAAGAGUCAGAAGGUCUUUGUGCACGUGCCUUCAGAAAUUGCUGCCCAUGAAGUUGAAGAGAUCGGGGUUGAACACUUGCUGAGGGAUGUCAAAGAUACUACAAUCAGCACUCUUGCGACAGAGGUAACUGGGAAACUUGCAGCAUUGAAGGGUUUGGAUGCUCGCCUUCAAGAGAUUCGGAGUUACCUUGAACUUGUCGUCGAUGGGAGACUUCCAUUGAAUCAUGAGAUUCUGUACCACUUACAGGAUGUUUUCAACCUACUUCCAAAUCUUAAUGUGGCUGAGUUGAUUAAAUCCUUUGCAGUUAAAACAAAUGAUAUGAUGUUGGUCAUAUAUUUGUCUUCUCUUAUUCGGAGUGUGAUUGCUCUUCAUAACCUGAUUAACAACAAGCUGCUUAACAAGGAACACGAGAAGGCAGAAGACUCCAAGCCUGUUGCUGUACCCACCGCAGCUGGAAGCUAGAAAUGAACUUUACGCAUCAGCAAUUUGCUGCUUUUGGCUAGUGGUGUCUAACUGUGUAAUCUGAACCCAACUUCAUCCUCAUGUGUUGCCCAAGAGGGUUCUUUCGUAAUAUGUUAGCACCGUACUGUUUUUCUCCCGACUCCCCUUCCUACAAUUGAAAUUGUUGUUCUUGGGAACUUAAAAAUAGAAUUUAUAGUUGAGUGUCUUUCUUUCUGUAUUCUUAGACACAGUUAAACUGUAUUCUUUAUUUUCAUUUGAUCUGAAGUCUGAACAAAAGCUUAAGCUUGAGAUUUGGGGACUGUACCACUUCCAUGGGGAACUAUGAAAAUCAUCUCACUUUUGAAGUUUGAAA